UUUUUAUUUUUUCUUCUUUUUUUUCCUUCAAUUUACACACAUACUCUCUCUCCCUCUCUCUUUUCAUCAGCUUGCAAAAUAUGGUAUGGCUAUCCUCUUCAAAUAGAGAAGAGGCAAGUCGUCAAAUGAGAUACAUAUAUAUAGUUGCAGCUCUUACUGUCUUUAUAUUAUGGAUUACAACCUAUCAACAUAGUAUGACAGCAUUUAUUUCAUCGAAUAAUAAACAACAACAAACCAAUACAACCCUUACUACACAGCCAUUAUGUACUAUUGAAACUUUCAAUAAGGGAAAAUGGGCAUAUAGCCCAAUCCAACUAGAGGAACCUUUUACAGCAAAGGAGUUUGCAAAAAUAACUGGCUAUUAUUGUAUGAAAAAGUUUGCCCAUAGAUGUUUUCGUCGAGGAGGAAAUGAGUUGACUCGAUCAAAGACAAUCGCGGAUUACCGUUGGCUACCAGAAAGUUGUAAAUUAUUAAAAUUCGAUGCAGGAAAACUUGCAAAACAUUUUGUACAAUAUCCCAUCUUGUUUGUAGGUGAUUCGAUUACACAAUUACAAUUUGAGAGCCUUAGUUGUUUAUUAGGGCACGAGUUUCCUAAUAAGCAUCCAAAUCAAUCAACGUUGAAUGGUGGGAAUAGUAAAAUUAGAGUGGAUGAGAGAGCCCCUAUUAACGGCCAUACAGCAGCUAUGGCUUACAUUCGAUCUGAUUAUUUGAUACGAUUAAAUGAUUAUAAAAUGAUUAGUCCUCUAGAACCAGUAGGUCUACAGUUAGGACGAGAAGAAAAUCAUCCAUGGGUUCAUGCAUUGUCUCAGUUUAAUUAUAUUGUCAUUAAUACAGGUCCACAUUGGCAUCCUAAUGUCCAUUGGGGGUCAAAUCAAUCAGAAACUGAGCUUUUGAUGGCAUUUAAAAAGGCAAUGCAUAUUAUAUUUGACUAUUUAAAAAUUCAUAUAAAAUUACAACAAAAAGUAUGGAUUAGGACAACUCCUUACGGUCAUGCUAACUGCUCUCAAUUUAAAGAACCUCAGCAGAACCCAUUAGUUCCUUCAGGACAACAAGGUGAAUAUGAAUGGCAUUUGUUUCAAAAGUUUGAUUUGAUUUGGAAAGAGCUUUUAGAUGAAGUAAAUGACACUCGAUUUAGUUUAUUUGAUAUCACAACUAUGUUUAAUCAAAGAGGGGAUGCACAUUCAAAGCCUGAUAAGGAUUGCUUACAUACUUGUAUACCAGGUCCAGUCGAUGAUUGGAAUAGAUUAUUAUACCAUGAAAUUAUGAAAUAUCAAAAAGAAUGAUAAAAGACAAGCAAUAUCAUUAACUGUAAAUAAUCUAUAAUGUCUUAAUAAAAUACACUUGUAUACGUAUAUAAUACAAAAUCAAAC